CUCACGCAUGCGCACCGCUGCCCCGUACCGACUGCUGUCGCUCUCGCAUCGCAGGUGUCAACGGAGCGUCUCUGCUGCAGCUGCGAGUGAGGAAACCUAUCUGUCCCAUCGAAAAUAUACCAGUCCAACGGAGCGCGCGGGCAGUACAGAUCGGACGGCCUGAAAAUGUUCGAAUGAGACCGUGAACUCGUGUCUGUUGCCAGGGCAGGUUUAAGUGGGGAAGAGGGCGGCUUUCCGGGCUGUAGACAGCGGGCUCGCGGAGCGUCUUCGGCGGGGAGCGCUGCGGUCCUGCCGCCGCCGCCGUCACUGCUGCUGCUGCUACAAUGUUCGUGCAGGAGGAGAAGAUCUUUGCGGGCAAAGUCCUGAAGGUCCACGUCUGUACCAUGGAGGGUACUGAGUGGCUGGAGGAAGUUACGGAAGACACCACUAUAGAGAAACUCAAGGAGAAAUGCUUAAAGCAUUAUGUCCAUGGAAGUGUAGAGGAUCCUAAAACUCUUACCCAUCACAAACUCAUUCACGCUGCCACUGAGAGAAUUCUGACUGAAUCCAGAACAGUUGCUGAGGAAAAUCUUAAAGACAAAGACUGCUUAUUAUUGAUAAAGAAAAGACCUCCACCAGCUCCACCAAAAAUGGCUGACAUAUCUUCUGAAGAGAAGAAGAAGCAAGAGAACAAAGCGCCAGAUAAGGACGCCAUCCUCAAAGCAACAGCAAGCUUGGCCACUCGCAACACUGACCGUACUGUUACUCAACACAAUAUUAGAGAUUUUCAAACAGAGCUGAGGAAGAUUCUGGUCUCACUUAUUGAGGUGGCUCAGAAGUUGCUGGCUCUGAAUCCAGAUGCUGUUGAGCUCUUCAAAAAGGCAAAUGCCAUGCUGGAUGAGGAUGAGGAGGACCGUGUGGAUGAAACGGCCCUGCAGCAGCUGACUGAGAUGGGUUUUCCUGAGAGUCGUGCUGUAAAGGCUCUGCGUUUAAACCACAUGUCUGUGACACAGGCUAUGGAAUGGCUGAUUGAGCAUGUGGAUGACCCCAUGGUUGACACGCCUCUGCCUGGACAGGACACCCCAGGGGCGACGGCUGCUGCAGCUGCAGCCCCUUCCCCAGCUCCCUCUGCCACUGCAUUAGGAGCCCGGGCCCGUCUGUCCUCCCAGGCCAGCCUAGAAGAGGCCAAACAAGAUGAACUGACAGAGAUCUUCAAACGGAUCAGAAGGAAAAGAGAGUUCAGGCCUGACUCACGGGUUAGUGUCAUGUGGGUGUCAUGGGUUAUUAAAAUGUUUUGUCCAAGUCCAAGACAACUGCUGAAGCAUUCAGCUAAACAAACUAAACUGUAUUUUCAAGUAGACGCAGUCCAGUCUGUAUCAGUUGUUGAUUGCAUGUGGCUGAGACGUGUUUUUCUUGGCUUUGCAGCAUUCGAGGACAUGCUGGAGAACCCGCUGAACAGCACGCAGUGGAUGAACGAUCCUGAGACAGGUCCCGUCAUGCUCCAGAUCUCCAGAAUCUUCCAGACACUCAACCGCACGUAAAGCACACCUCAUCUGUGGAUCGGCCAGAACCACAGCAUAGGGAAAAAGGUCAAUCAUUUAGAAGAGAAGUGUGUGUGUGUAUAGUUUGUGUGUGUGUGUGUGUGUGUGUGUGUGUAUGCGUGCGCAUGUGUAUGCGGCAUAAAUAUCGUUUUAAGUGGAGAAGUCACAGAAGAUGAAUGUAAAAAUACGAUGAUGACAUUUUCACAUCAUGUUAUACAGAGGAAAAUAUCUAUUUAUAACUACACAACACUUGUACAAAUAUAAAGUAAGCAGUAAAAUAACGGAACACUCCACUUUUUUUGAAAAUAGGCUCAUUGUCCAACUCCCCUAGAGUUAAACAGUUGAGUUUUACCGUUUUCGAAUCCAUUCAGCUGAUCUCUGGGUCUGGCGGUAGCACUUUUAUCAUAGCUAAGCAUAGAUCAUUCAAUCCGAUUAGACCGUUCCCAUCUCGCUCAAAAAUGACCAAAGAGUUUCGAUAUUUUUCCUAUUUAAAACUUGACUCUUCUGUAGUUACAUUGUGUACUAAGACUGGUGGAAAAUGAAAACUUGUGAUUUUCUAGGCUGAUAUGGCUAGGAACUAUACUCUCAUUCCGGCGUAAUAAUCAAGGAACUUUGCUGCCGUACCAUGGGUGCAGCAGGCGCAAUGAUAUUACGCAGUGCCUGAAAGUGACCGGCACUAAGUUUGUGUAGAUGCAGAGUUGCAGCCAGCAGAGUUGUCGGCUGCGUAAUAUCAUUACGCCUGCUGCAUCCAUAGUACGGCAGCAAAGUUCCUUGAUUAUUACACCAAAAUGAGAGUAUAGUUCCUAGCCGUAUCUAUCUAGAAAAUUCACAACUGUGCAUUUUUCGUCCGUUUUUGUACACAAUGUAACUACAGAAGAGACAAGUUUUAAAUAGGAAAAAUAUCAAAACUCUGGUUGCUACCGCCAGACCUGGAGAUCGGCUGAAUGGAUUUGAAAUCGGUAAAACUCAACUGUUUAACUCUAGGGGAGUUGGAAAAUUAGCCUAUUUUAAAGUGGAGUGUUCCUUUAAGGAUAAAUAGCUAACUCCAUUAUUUAGUUUUUUAUGUUUUAAUAAGAUCUGUUUUUAAUUAUAUUAAGCACAUCACAUUAUUUUAUAUAAUUUCUCUAUAUAAUUGUGCAAUUGGACAUCUAAAAAAAAAAAAAAAGGAAAAAAAAGAAAAGACAAUUUCUAUGUUUUUGUGCUCAAAGAUCAAAUUCCAACCAAAUUAUUUAACACUUCACAUGGUACAUUUGUCAUAACUGAAUGUUUCUACAGGGAGAUAAACAAUGUGUAUUUAGUUAGUUUUAUUAUUGGCUAAGUUCCUUCCAAAAAGCUUGAACGUACAUACAUUUGAGGGAAAGCAAAGCAAGCACCAGCAGUUUUUGGCAACUCCUCAUCUGAAGAUCAUUCAAGCUUUGUGGUUUCAUUAACACUACAGACAUUUCUGUGAUGAUAUGGUGACGCAAUUGCAAUUUGCAGCCCCUUACGGACAUAGAUAGGUAACAGAUAUUGAAAUCAAACCUGAUCCCGUUGAUCCUCUUAUCUCUUUCAUUCUUCUCAUCUGUAAACAGACUAUUCAGGUGGAAUCUGUCCGAAUGGACACGAGUCAGUUUUUAUUCUGUCAGUUUAGAACAAAGAUGGCAUAAACGAGUACUGGAUUAUUACCUAGUUUUCUCCCAGUAGCUCCUGCAUCAGGGGUUUUCGAGUAUUAUAGUACUUUUAUUCACUAUCACGAUCGAGCUACUGCGUUCACAUCCCUACACGUAUGUCAGUCUUACUUUACAUGACUUACAGGAGGCUGGACAGACUUUAGUUUGUACUAACUAAAAUAAAAAGACUUUUCUUUUACGGAUUGCUUCUACUUCACGGUAUGUUUGCUCAAGUUGAUGUGUUUAACGACAAGUAUGAAUUACGUGUGCUCUUUGUCAGUUCUCUUACGUCACUUUUUACUAGUUUGCACAGACUGCAUUCAUAGUACACAACAUUAUUUUAAAAGAUAUAUAAGACGUUCAAUUUUAAAAACUCCCUGUCUGGGAUGAUUUGCUGUGGAGGUCAUUUAUGGAUGAACAUCUCAUGUGUUUCAAAUACCUGUGCUGGGAUUUCAAGAAAUGAUUAUUUAAGUUGUCAGUAAGACUUGAGAUGAAAAAUGUUAUUUAAACGGCUCUGUUAUGGUUUUUUUAACAUUUUGAUUUGUAUCAGAUAAAUACAAAAAUGCGAUCAUACCGAACACCAAUUUUAGAUUCGUAGUAGGGCUGUCAAAUGAUUAAUCGCGAUUAAUCGCAUACAAAAUAAAAGUUUGAGUUUGCCUAAUAUGUGUGUGUGUACUGUGUGGAAUUACAUGAAUGUGUUUGUAUUUAUAUACAUAAUAAUUACACACAGUACACACACAUUUAUUAGACAAACUCAAACUUUUAUUUUGUAUGCGAUUAAUCAUUUGACAGCUCUAAUUCAUAGAUAACUGUGUGAAUUAGAGGAUGAAAUAUGUUUUUUUUUUU